AUGGGCAUCCAAGGACUCUUGCCACUGUUAAAGUCCAUUCACGAACAUCGCAAGCUGUCUGACUUUUCCGGAAAGACGCUGGCUGUAGAUGGCUAUGUCUGGCUGCAUCGGGGGGUAUACAGCUGUGCAGCUCAACUCGUCAAUGGAGAACCAACUACGAGAUAUGUAGACUUUGCUAUGAGCCGGAUUCGGCUCCUCUUACAUCACAACAUAACGCCAUACGUAGUCUUUGAUGGCGGUCCAUUACCAGCAAAGAGGAUUACCGAAUCUAGACGCCGCCAGUCUCGACAAGAACACCGUGAAGUUGCAAUGUGUUUAUUGCAACAAGGAAAGAAUAACGAAGCAUACGAACAUCUUGCAAAAGCUGUCGAUGUCAGUCCUGAGCUGGCAUACCAAUUCAUCAAGGCAUUAAGGGCACAUAGAGUACCGUAUAUUGUCGCCCCUUAUGAGGCAGAUGCCCAACUUGCAUUCCUCGAGAUUAAUAGCACAGUGGAUGGGAUCAUAACGGAGGAUUCAGAUUUGCUCGUUUUUGGUUGCAAACUCGUACUUUUUAAGCUUGAUUCGGAUGGAAACUGCAUGUGCAUCCGACGCAACCGGUUUUCCACAGUGAGAGAAAUCAGUCUUCAUGGAUGGACGGAUCAGCAAUUUCGUCACAUGGCUAUUCUUGCUGGAUGUGACUAUCUCCCAUCUAUCCCAGGGCUCGGGCUCAAGACCUCCCACAGAUUGUUGCGGAAGUACAAAACUGUUGAAAGGGUCCUGCAGGCUAUCAGGGCACAAUCCCGCUUAAAAAUACCCCCCAACUAUUUGGAAGAUUUUCGAACCGCAGAACUCGCCUUCAUCCGCCAACGGGUCUACGACCCGGAUUCUGGGCGUCUCGUUUGUUUAACGCUAGACUCCAUCCCCAUUGAACAAGGAUGUGAAAGAUUCAUUGGAGAGUAA